CAGACAAACGGACUGAGCAAGCGACAUUUUGGUAUUUUUUUCCGUGUAUUGCCAUGCCAGUCAACAGUAUUCGACUCAGAUCCUAAACGAUCGUAAUUAGCUAGCUUUGUUGUAAUUAGUUAUAGAUUCACAAACAUGUAUAUUUAGCGUGCUUGGAGGUACCACGGAUCGAUAGCGCAGUGCAGUUUACGUGGGCAAUUGUUUCAGUGAUGGCGAUGCCGGAGCAGUUUUCAUUACGAUGGAAUGACUUCCACUCGAACCUGUCUCAGUCGUUCCAUGCGUUGUUGGAAGGAGAAGACUUGGUGGAUGUGACAUUGGCAGCGGGAGGCCAGUACGUGCACGCUCACAAACUCAUCUUGUCAGUAUGCAGUCCCUAUUUCAAGGAAUUAUUCAAGAUGAACCCCUGCGAGCACCCGAUCGUGAUCCUCAAAGACGUGGCGCACCAAGAGCUGAAGCAACUCCUGCAGUUCAUGUACCGCGGCGAGGUGCACGUGCGGCAGCAGGAGCUCAGCGGGUUCCUGCACACUGCCGAGCUGCUGCAGGUCAAGGGGCUCACUCAGGGACGGGAGCGCUCCGAAUCCCCGCCGCCAGUGGAAGAGUGCCCCACGAAGGCCGAGCCCACAGAGGCGCCCGAGUGGGUCCCCGGCGGCGACGACACCAUCGCCACCGAGGCCCCGCCCGCGCCCCGCGACGACGCCCGCAGCCCGCUCAAACGGCUCCUGAAGAACACACCGACCAAGAACAGCCUCUCCGGCACUAAGAAGAAGCCCCGGCCCGUGAUCGAGAGCCCCGUCCCCGUCACCGAGAACAACGAGUGCGCGUCAGACGGCGAGCCCCUAAUAGAUUUCGACAGCGACCUUUACCACAGCGUGCUUGCUAUGCCCGAAUCUGCUAAAGAAUCUGGCUGGAACUGUAAAACGACCGGCGUCAAAUGCCCCUCAUGCCACCGGUUCUUCGCCAACCGGUACAAUCUGAAGGUGCACAUCCGGGACAAGCACGACACGCGCGAGGGCACGCUCCAGUGCGAGAUAUGCAACAAACGCAUGCGCAACCCGAGUUGUCUGCGCGUUCACAUGUACCACCACCGCAAACAGGCUGCGUAUCUCGCGCAACUCCAGCCUGAGAACCACGUACCGAACGUCGAUGACAAGGUGUGGCGCGCCGAGGGACCCUACGGACCAGUAGACUACAAGUUCAAUCCUGACGCGUUUCAGUCCCCGAUGCCGCUGCCGGCCGCAGAGGCGCCCGCCAAACCGGAACCGGACACGGAGACCGCAUGAUGCAGGUGGGACGAGCUGGCCACGCCCGACCAGCUGUACCGCGUCUUCACGCAGCAGAGCCGGUGGGUGCGCAGCGUGUUCACCAUCAGGGGUUAGGGUCCUUUAGGGGGACACAUAGACUAGGAAUCCUCUACACCGAGUUUAGAGCAAUUAUUUCAUGAAACCGAUGCUGCCAAAAAUACGGAGGGACGAUGUGAGCGAGUCCCGUGCCGUGAUUGGUCCGUUCAAAGACACGGACGUCACACAAAGAGACUUUCGACUCGAAAAUGGAGUAAAACUACCGUAUGCGUGGCAGAGGGGGUAGAGCUACUAUGCUCAGUCUGGAGGAUGUCUUGUCUGUGGGGGGACACCACGUAAAAAAACGGUUAAUAACCAUUAGUAUCUUUAGACAGCUGACGCAAGUUCACACCUCAAGGGUAUAGGUUUAUUUGACGCCCCCUCUAGGGGGACAUGACGCGAAAUCUCGUCCGCUUAUGUGGCAGACUGUCCAUUUUUCUUGAAAUAUCUGUUACCAAGCUAUCUCUCCGUGGCAUUUGUAAUGAUAAAGUGUGGUAACGUUAUCAUUAAUGUCAUGUUUAUAUGAAAAUAUGAAGUUUAUAAUGACACUUUAUGAACUGUAGGUGGCAGCACUUGCAUUAAAAGUUAAUGUCGCGAUAAUGUCUGUUUAAAAUUUGCGCCAAGAGGUGGCAGGCCUUUAACUGCGUACGGUUAUCAUAUGAAGCUCUCUAAAAACUUUGUGCCUGCAAAAACACAAUAAUUAAUUAAUGAUUGUAUGUAACAUUUGACAAGGCCCUUAAAACCCUUGGUGUGUGAAACUUGAAACAACAUUCCAUAAAUAUAAGAUUAAUAAUUCUCAAAUUAUUCUCUUAGGUACGAGGUGAAAUUAUUAUUUAUACGUUUUUAUACAUUCCAAAAAAAUCUGAUUUAUCGAAAACAAACAUUCCCUAGCCAUUACAUACUCAGCUUUAUAAAAGAUAACGUAGUACAGUCGCCAUCAGAUAUAUUGGAGCGGUCAAGGCGUUCACAAAUAUCUGAACACGCCUCUAUUGUCAGGGCGUUAGAGUGCGUGUUCAGAUAUUGUGAACAACUUGGCCGCUCCGAUAUAUCUGGUGGCGACUGUACAUCAAAUAUAACGUAGCAUUUAAUUUUAGUUUAUUAUUAUUUAAAAUUAUGUUCGUAUUUUGAGAUCCGGUACGUAUUUUUGAACAAAAAAACUGUUGUAGUACCACUCAACUCCCAAAGACUGACGCGAUCGUGAACAAAUAUAUCGUGCCUAAUAUAACCUAAAACUUAUCCACUUAAUGCAUAAUUGUUUUCCAUCCUAUAUUCUCGGAAACGUUCGUAUUACUCAUACUACUUCAGUCCACCUCAGUACUUAUUGUACCGAGACUGACUGAAAUAGCAUGACACGUUCGUACGUUUCCGUGAAAAUACAAUGGAAAAUAACAACUGUACCGCUAUUGCUUUCGUACAAAGAUUUAUUGGUUGUAUAGGAUGUGUAAAGUUAUGGCCAAAAAUAGACUGUUGAAGAAGCUUGUGGUAUAGGUGUGGGUGCAAACAGCAACACCCUAACUGUCCAUGGGUGGACCUUAUGCCUUUUGUAAUAAGGUUUACGAACCGUCAGUUAACUGUGUGAGAGUUGAAGCCACGCACUCAACAACAUAUCAUGUAAGGGUGAGAUUACAUUAAAUGCGGCACAAGCAUUUUCGGUAUGCUGCGCAGACUGGUGGAAUCCCGCCUUUAUGACAGGCAGUUUUUGAAAUUAGUAUUCUGUUUUUUACCGAUAGCAAGUUGAACUGCCAACUGCAAUAUUAAGCAGAAAGUUUGUUCAAGGUUUUUUUCUAUUAUUUUUAGCUUAACCCUUUUUCCAGGCCGCACCAAACUACAAGGUUUUUUCCAAAAAAUGCGAAUAUAUUAAAAUUUAUGCAACUAUGAUGAUUAAUUUAAUGAUAAGUAACUUUUCCCGAAAGACCAAUCGAAUAUGAACCUUAAAUCGGAUUACUAAGGUUGAAAUUCUAUUGGCGAGUAUGUGGUCGCUAGGUGCACUAUGCCUGGAAAAGCCUAAUAUCGUGCGAUCAAAGUCACAUGCACUCAUUCAAUACUGUUUUCGUUAUUAGUACUCUGUGUAGAUGUGUGAAUAAUCAAUGAUUACUAAUUACUCACCUUAACAUUCCUGGCGAUAUAACUAUACCUGAAUUUAUUGUCAAACGUAAACUUUUAACAACCAGAGUUGACGCAUAACUAGGCGUGGCUCACUCCGCGGUUUCGUCGCUUUGCUACAGGUAGCUAAAAGUACAUCCGUUCCACACUAAUUUUGGUGGCUUUCCAUAAGCCGCGCGUGGCGCUGUCGCCACCUAGCGGCCAUAUCUGUCCUGAUUGUAACAGACGCGUUUUGUUAGAGAGUGAGUCUUCUGUACCUAGUACUAUUAUUUAUUCUGUGGCAUAACGUACGGAGGAGUACAGCGACAUCUACACUAGCAGUCAAAUUCGAAAGACUUUACACAUCUCAUACAAUCAAUAAUUUUUUGCUGUAUAUGUAUUAUGUAUGUAUAUAAAUAGUUCGAUACUAGUUUUGGGGAUUCAGAUUUAGGUAAGUUUAGAGAAAUAUUAACCUUUUGAACGCCAAGAACACCCAAAGGUGUCGUUACUGGUGCCCACCGCGCCAAGGACCACUAAGUGUUAUGGCGGACGCUGUCAAAGUAACCUCCCACUUACGAGUAGGGUUUACAUUAGCUCGCUUGUGUCCAGGAUCUUGGCGUUUGAGCGAUCUUUGUGGUUAUGACAUUAAGCGUUCAAAGGGUUAAAUAUGCAUUCAAUAACCCACACCACAUAGUGAAUAUAUCAUAGUACAUUUUUAUGAUUGCUAGGCACGGUAUGUAUUAUGUUUCGAAAAAGCGCAGGGUGGUCGUAAGUACUUAUUGUAUGUUACCAAAAUAUUUUUUGAUACGUUAGUUUUGUAUAUGCAACGAAAAUACUGAUCGUGAAAGGUUAUGAUCAAACGCCUUUAAGAGUACAAAAAUCGGUAAAUUAAAGUCUAAUUUGAUUGGUAAAUACAUUGAAGGAUUAAUUUCUAUUUACAGAUUUACCCCCUUAUUCAUAAACGUUUACUAAAGUUAACAAGCCGAUAAUAAUCGUUUGUCUCUUUCCGACGUAAUGGUAUGAUGGAAAGGGACAAACGAUUAUUAUCGGCUUGUCAACUUCAGUAAACGUUUAUGAAUAAGGGGGUUAGUGCAUAACUAUUUUCCAUCGUAUUUUCACGGUAACGUACGAACGUUAUUUCAGUCAGUCUCUUUGCAAAAAGUACUGACGUUGACUGAAGUAGCAUGACAAAUACGAACGUUUCCGAGAAAAUACGAUGGAAAACCGUGAAUUAAUAUUUAAACCAUCGUCAACGUUCUAAAGCAGUUGGAGCCUAAUCAAAACUGGUUGCUAAUUUAUUUUCCUAGUCCUAAACAAUUAUUAUUAAGUUGAACACCCUGCGCGUCACACAACGAAUUAGAAGCGUAAUUAAUAGUUUCGGUUUAAUUACAUAUAUGACAGACAGCUCGCUAAAGGUGAUAUUCUAUCUUUUAAAUAUCUUUGUCCAAUGUGUAUUGCGUCUCACAUUUUACUUUAAUGAGAGAGUGGGACGCAAUGGCAUUGGAGAAAGAAAUUGGACAGGUGGAAUACCACCCUAAGACAAAAUUGUGACUUGAUGGCAAGCAGAUUUCUCACGCACACAGUUUUACCCAAUCACCGCUCGCUCUCGAUUUGUGAAUGUGUGCGUGCUGCGUGUAAACAAGGGGAAAUAGGCGUUGUAAAAUCACAGGCUUUUCUUAGGUUCGCUACCUCUGAAUGUAUAUCAAAUUUGUGGGUUUAUUGCGUUUUGCAGCUGGAAAAAGCGGUGCCGUGACUAAUUCUUUUUAACCUUUUGACCGCAUCGUCUAACUUAAAGAAUAAAAAACACGAGUUAUUGAUUUUGACGAAAUAAAAAAUAACGUUGAUUUUGAUUAAUACUGCUUAAUUUUAAUAUGAUUAUUCUCGCUUACUUCGAUUUAACAAUGGAAAUAAAGAUACUCAGGUGCAAUUUUUUUUCAUAAUUAAUUAUGGUGCUGCAUUUAUGUACGAUUUUUUAAAAGAAUGGUCACGGAUUUUAUUUAUCUAAGUACAAGUUUUUUUAUUUAUUAGGCAGCUAGGUUGAUUUAGAUUAGAAAUUAGAAGUUGCCAUUCGUUGACAUGUACAAACUUGAUCCCGAAAAUAUUCAACAAAAAUUCAUUUAACCUAACAGUACAAAUAACGAUAUGUGUAUAUUAUUCAUUUAUGAAAAAUAUGCUUUACGUAGUAUUUAAGUUUAUAAUAUUAGGGUUAUUGAUUUUUUUUAAACUUUUUAAAUACGUAAAAAUGUACACAUUUUCUAUAUAUUUUACAAAAAUUAAAUCUUAAGUAUCAAUACCUCAAUAAUUGCUGAGUUUCAUUUGGUUUAGUACAAAAAUUCAUACCGCUUUAGGCGUGACCGCCGCCGAUAUACUUGUACAUAUAACAAUGUGGGGAGAAUCAAGGGUUAAAUAUGAAAUUAUUCGAGAUUGGUUCGCUCUCGUUCAAUGUUGGCAUGUAUAGUAUUAACAUCAGUGUAAGUUUUAAGAAAUGUAAUCUAGUAAAGCUUUAAAGUUAGAUUCCCAUCGUAUGGUCUCUAGUUUAGUUAGAUAUAGACUAGAUUAGGCAGGUGAGCUCAUGACGGACAAAGAGAGAUAUUAAAUAUAUAUAUAAUAAAUGCUUGGUUGUCGGCCAUUCACUUUAUAUGACGCGGUAAAUAGGUUAUCAAAAUAAAAUGAAAAUAAUUCAUUGUUCGUAAAUUUUAACCUUUACCACACAUUAACAAAUAUAUUGGUUAAAAGUUAAAUUUUUUGGCCGAUAAUUGACCAUUAAUUCACUUUCAAAUUAUCAAUAUCCGUGUAAUAUUUUGUAUCUUGGUGUUUUGGUAAACAAUUUAAUGUGAAUGUCGUGUAUUAUAUUACAUUAUCGAACAUGGGUGGAUCAAGUCUUUCUGUUGUUAUUCUAUCCAAUCAGUCAGGCGACAAUAGUAGCAUAGUUUGUUAGAAUAAAUGUAUAAUAUACUACGUUCGAAUAUGCUUAAACGACCAAGAAAAGACUUAUUUUAAAUACCAUUAAACUGGUUUAAUGGUAGGGUUUUAAGAGUGACCCAGGCGACCGUAACCAUGACAACGUGUAACAAUAAAAAGUUGAUUCACUCACAUUCUGUCUUGGAAAUAAUUAUACUUAUCAUUUUAAUGAAUCCAUACAACUAUUAAAAAUAAACUUUAUGCUAUUCUUCCUUUAUACUCUAACUAUUUGCAUCUAGAUCUCUUUUCAAGUAAAAUAAGUAUUUUGAUCACUUUAAUUGAAUUUCUUUAUAGAAUGUUUACGUCAAACAAUCAUGUGGUUCACAUUACAUAUUUAUAUUAAAUUGUUUUUAAUACAUGCAAGUAAACGAUGUAAUUUUAGUGUAAGGUUGUUCUUUCCACCAUAAAAAGACUAGCCUCAAGGCAUAAUGUAUAGUUCGACAUAUUCAGUUAUGUCCAGAAAAGUAGAAGUUGUUUAGCAUAGAAGUAUAAGGCUCUGUGAGAGCCGCAUUAUUAUCUUAUGAAGUAUAACACAAUAGAUCAAAUAGCUGGUGUAAAUCACACUAUUUUAUCUACUAAAACUGUACGUAGGAGUCAGUUGGAAACAUGUUGCACUAUAUGCGAACAUUUGAGAUUUUCAAUACAAGUCCACAUAUCUCACCAUAGUUUAAGUCAAGAGUUCGGUUAAGUUAUGUAUAUUUUGGACAGCGAUAAAGUUAAAAAAAAAACGUCCGUAUUCAAUAAAAGGUUUGGGUAUUUCUAACCGUAUUUAUAAGGGGUUAUUGAAACUAACAAUAAAAAAAACUUAAGAUUUAUUGUUUCCGUCAAGUUGACAACAGUUAACUUUAGUCAUAGCGAAAAAAAAGUCGUCUACGUAAUAACAUUUGACAAUCUAUUGAAUGGAAUUAUAUUUUUGAUGUGUUACUUAGACGACUUUUCAUUUCUCUAUUAAUUAGUUAAGCGUGCAUAAUCAACCUGAUAUAGUUAAGAUAUUUAUAGAUAACGUAAGUAGUCACCGACAUUCCAUUUUGGUAGCUGUGUAGUUAUUAACAAGUUUAUUUACCAAAUUGUUUUAUACCAAUGCUCGUACCUUUAGCGGUUAUCUAAGGGGGCGUGAAGCCUCCGAUCAUAAGAAUGUGCGUGGCUGCUAGUUUUUUAACCUUUUGACCACCGACAAUCACAAGCGUAAUAAUAAACAAUGUUCAUAAUUCAAUUAAAUACUAUAGCUACAAUUCUGAUAAGACAUUAUUUUCAAGGUAAUAUCUAUAGUUAAGUGCAAUAGUGGUUAAAAUGUUGGUGUCAAAUAGGUUAAAAACAGUGCAAACAAUACUCAUAUUGUGGCCAAACAGACGAGACUGCCCUGAUGAGUGAUUUUUUAUAUAUAUAUUUUGGAUCCAGGGCUGUCCUCGUCUUAAUCACGUGUUGUAUUUUUUAUACAUUCCAUAUUAUAAGUAAUUUGUGCUCAAGUACGAAACGUAAUUUAAGUUUAAAUAAUCUGAAUUAUUCCAUGACAAUUUUAGGAUAUUUUAGUAGUAGAUUGUAGUAGCGUCCCUGUCUCGUUUUUUAUUCUUCAUCUUAUGCUGGACAAGAGAAAACACCACAGAGAAUAGAUACAGUUGGAAAAAUGGAGUAAUGGAGAAUAGUUGGUUCGUAUCUGUUUUGUAUCACAGGAACAUACUCGUAUAUAUUUAUUUUACAAAAUCCUUGUAAUGUUUAGUGAAAUUCGGUGUUAAGUCAAAAUAUGGUUUUGUUGUCUUGUCUAGCAUAUUUGACAUAUUCGGGCUCUCUAUCAACUCGUCAAAUCACGCCAUAUAUUUAUAUUCAGAUAAGUGUAUAAUAUACCUACACUUGAUGUGUCUUCUUAUAUAUUAUAUACCUACAUAUUAAUAUAUAAGUACGUUUAUCGAAUGAAAUUUGAACAUUUUAAAAUGUAACUGGCCAGUAUUGAACAUGUAUUGAGGUGCAGAAGAGAUAGAAUCUCAACGUAACUAAAGGCUGGUAUACAUUGUAAACGAAGUUGUGAUACAGUUUCGAAUGUUGUGAUUAAAAAGGUAGGUUUUGAACAUUAUAGGAGUAUACAGAACGCGUUAUUCGCACCCGUUAUUUAAUGUUAACGCUUCUUUGUAACCUAAAAAGGUUAAAAAGGCAAGAUGGCGGCUAAAAUGUGAAAAAAGUAUAAAAGUACGAAUUAUAGUAAUAACUUUGACAGGGUGUUAAGCAUUUAAUCUUUGAAUAGAAAAGCGGUUGUGAUCUAUGUAUGGGGCACUGAUUAAAGGAAAAGCUUUUAACAUUUUCAUAACGAUAAAUUGGAACAAAAUUAAAGAAGGGCCCACUGAGAGUUGGUCUUAAAAUAGGUAAUUUUUUGUAGUCAGUGCAAAGAACCAUAAUCUCAUGUUAACUAAAAUAAAACAAGGGGUAUUUAAGAAACAGUUUCUGCAAAUUGCGCUGACGCUUACCGCACUUAACACAAUCAAGUUUCAUUCGAGAUUUUGCGUAUAAUAUUUGUUAGUAAAUUUGUAUUUGAUGUUGUACAUCGAUGUUUUUACCGCGAAUGCUCUCUAAAUCUUAAUAAACAAUAAUAUAUUAUAGAUAAUCGAUCAGGUACUCAUAGAACUCAAAAAUAAUAUCGAAUGUACUGUCGCACACUGUUAACUAUCAACUUGUAGACCUUAUUGUAAACACAUAGGGUACACAAAUGUUCAGUUAAGAAUUUUGCGUAUAGUAAGUGGUACAGUCAGCAUCAACCUCUGCGUCGCCACGUUGACGAAGUAAUAAACGUCAAGCCACAAAUUGGUAGUGGGUCAGACUGCGCGUCAAAAGGAUCUAUGUACCACUUUCUAAUAACUUUAGAAAAAAGAGAUAUGUUUCUAUAUGUAUACAUAUAUAACACAUAUAACAGAUACUUUUGAAUGCGAACUGUAGAGAUAUAUAUCUUUUCGGAAAAGUGAUCCAGGGUGGCGGAUACAUUUGGCGCGUUGUUUCAUCAGCUACUAUUUAUGCUGACUGUACUAACCGCGUUCUCGUUCGGCCGCAACCUGGCGCAUGUAAUGCUUUCUUCAAUACUUUAGUUAUACUACUGUAACGGACUAUUGUCUACUGUGAAUGAUAUCGUUAUAUUAAGAAUACUCGUUUUAAACGAUUUUGUGAAAAAGAACAAGUUUGGGUUCGAAUGAUAAUCUUCUACAACACUUUUUCUAAUACUGUCUCUAUUUUAUCUUAAUAUAGGUACCUUAUUUACUCUCUGUUUGUGAUUGAAAAGAUAGAUUCUAUGAACUUCGUAAUUCAUAAUAUUAGAUAUUUUAUACCAUACUGAUACUAAAUCACUAAAUCUUGUGAAAGUAUGAACCAAACUUGUUCACGAUGAAGUAAAAUUCACAAUUAUACCUAUAUGUCAAUUUAGUAUUUGAAUGUCUAUUUAUGUCUUUUAGAUCAACAACAUUUGUAUGAGUGUCUGUAAUCAUUUUCAAUCAUGAAGUGAUCGUUAAUUUAUAUAUUUUUUUAAUAAUUUUUGUUUCACAUAGUGCGUUCAAAUGUUUAUGCUAAAAAUUAUUAAACAUUCAGUUUUGUAACUUUUCGAUGUUAUAAUCAAUAUUUUUGCAAGUCUGUUAUGACUGAAUGUAAUUUAGUAUUAUUUAAAGUCUGAGCUAUUUAAAGCAUCGUCAAUUCGAAAUAAUGACGUAUUUUAAACGACAUUCUAUUCACUAACAUAUGUACCUAUACAUAGCGUUUCAAUGCACUUUUUUUGAACUGAUACGUAAUAACAGAGAUUUUUUGGUAAAUAUAUUAAACGAUAUAUGAAAUAUACAGAAACGGUGCUCAAUUUUACUCUUUGAAUCAAUUAAAAAAACAUUCAUAAAAUUAUGAACAAAAAAAUCACGCAAGAUUUACGUAAUUUUAACCUAAUAAAAGACGAAAGUGUAAAAAAGGUUCAAAUUAUGUGAAAAAUGUACAUGUUUAACCUGACCACAAGUUUUCAUUCGAUUUUAGGUUAAAGUAUUCUCAAUGAAUCUCUAUCCCACUUAAACGGUGUCAUUUUUUGUCUUUUAUGUAUAUAUUUGUCUUGUAUCUAGUUGGAACUCAGUCUUUGUGUACUCAAUAAUUUUUUUAUAUUUUUAUAUGUUAGUCUUAACGUAAUAAAUUAUAAUUUUGUAAGAA